UGUCGUGGGAGCUGGCCGGGCCCCCUGGGAGCCCCCUGGAGUGGAUAUUUGGGGCUUCCUUUUUGUACACACCUUUAGUUUGUUUUCUGUGCCAUGGGAGAUGUCAAAGAAUUAAAAAUGCAAAUAACACCCGAAACUCCAGGAAGGAUCCCUGUUUUAAAUCCUUUUGAAAGUCCUGGUGAUUACUCUAUUCUUCAUGAACAAACUCUUGCCAGUCCUUCUGUUUUUAAAUCCACAAAAUUACCAACUCCAGGGAAAUUUAGGUGGUCUAUUGAUCAACUAGCUGUAAUAAAUCCUGUAGAAAUAGACGCAGAAGAGAUUGAUCGCCAAGCUUCAUACUUAAGUCAUUCUCGAAUAGAUAAAGAUGUGGAAGACAAAAGACAAAAAGCCAUUGAAGAGUUUUUCACUAAAGAUGUCAUCGUACCCUCUCCUUGGACUGAUCAUGAAGGGAAACAGCUUUCAGAGAAUCAUUCCAAUAAAUGCAUUAACAUAAAUAGUGACUCUCCAGUUGGAAGAAAGCCGAGUAUUCAUUCUGAGAAAAGCAAUGGUGACUAUUUUAGAGCUGAUGAAUUUGCAGAACAGUCUCCUGGAAACCUCAGUUCUUCGUCUCUCAGAAGAAAGCUUUUUUUAGAUGGGAAUGGAAGUAUCUCUGACUCCUUACCUUCAGCUUCUCCCGGAAGUCCUCAUAGCAGCUCUCAAGCCUCACUUGAGGUGUUUUAUUCAAUAGAUUUAUCUCCCGUACAGCAUAGGACUCCUGUGCAGACACCAAGUUCGGGGCAGUUUUCUUCUAGUCCUAUUCAGGCUAAUGCAAAAAGAUACAGUUUAGGAAGCAUAACUAGCCCUUCACCUAUUUCUUCACCCACUUUCUCACCAAUUGGACUUCAGAUAGGAAAGACACCACUCUCAGAACAAAGGAAAUUUACUUUUCAUUCUCCUGAUGCUUCAUCUGGAACAAAUUCUAAUGGAAUUACUAAUUCAUGUAUUGGAAGUCCUUAUAUAGAUGGCUGCUCACCAAUAAAAAAUUGGUCUCCUAUGAGACUUGAGAUGUAUAGAGGCAGUUCUCAGUAUCGGACCUCACUGAUGAGGAUACCUUUUACUCUUGAGACUCACGGUGAAGAUGAAGAAGAUAAAGAGAAUGCUUCUUCCACAGAAGUCUCAUCUCCUGUCAUGGAUGCUGCAGGAAUACACCUUCAGCAACUGAAUAGUGACAGUUCUACACCCGGCACACAUUUAGUUGUGACUGCCAUGUCUAUUACACAAAAUCAGUCCAGUGUUUCUGAGAAGGAACUAGCCCUGUUGCAGGACAUUGAAAGUGAGAAGGAGAAUGACACCGUGGAUAUGGUUGAUCCUAUAGGGACAGUGGAUGAGAACACUUGGAUUAAGGAGCCAGUUGAUAAUGGGAGUUUGCCCGUGACUGAUUUUGUGAGUGGAAUUGCCUUCAGUAUUGAAAGCUCUCAAAUGUGCAUGUCACCUCUUGCAGAAAGCAGUGUUCUCCCUUGUGAAAACAGUAACAUUCAGAUGGAUAGUGGUUAUAAUACGCAGACCUGUGGAAGCAACAUUAUGGAUACCAUUGGGACAGAAAGUUACUGCAAAGAAAGUGAUGCUCAAAGCUUUGAAGUUGAGAAUAAUCUCAAAGUUUUUAAUACAAAGGAAGACCACACAUUACAGAGGUAUUAGAUGAAAACAGCAACUCCAUCUCAGUACAGCACUACAUAAAACACCUGUCAGAACCAGAGAUUAUUGCUGAAUGGUUCCUUGUGUAUUUUUAUGCACGGGAUCAAUAAGUUGAUAGUGAUUGGGAGAAAACCGCUUCAAGAAACAUUGCUUUUUUCUUUUCCCUCCAUAAUGUGAAAAAUCAAGGGCUUAAUUUAGAGACACAGAAACAACAGAAAAGCUCCUAGAACUUCAAGUUGCUGAAUUACAGUUUAUUUUUGGUCAAUAAAUAUUUUUGUACUUACCUUGAGUGAUGUAUUUAACAAUAAAAAAUUGUGAUAGAGCUGACAACUUGCUCCUAUCCUGUAAGGGUCAAUGCCUCAUGGACAGCACUAAAUUUAGCAAUAGAUCAUGGGACAAAUUUUUAAAUU